UCUCUAUGAUCAGGCCGUCUGUCCCCCUCUCCUCUCUAUGAUCAGACCGUCUAUCCUUCUCUCUAUUCAUCUAUCGGACUGUUUCCUGGAUCCUAUCUGCCAGCUCCUUCCUCUCUAUGGUUUUUCCUGUUUGAAUGAACUUUAUCAACAAGAACAAUCUGGGCAGUCAGCUGUGCUCCAUCCAUCCUCUCUCUCUCCCUCUCUUCGUUUCUACACAGAAUUUUAUGGAGAAGCCCCGACAUAACGAGUGUAAGGAUCUGACGCCGCUGCGACCCUGAUCCCGGGUAUAGGAACCGGUCAGAACACCGAGGCGGGUGACCCAAAUGCGGAAUCAGAAGGUACACCAAGGCAGAGAUCCAAAUCACCGGGUAAAUUACGUUUGAAGAUCCAAACCACGAGGUCCUUUGAGCCCCAAGAUCCGAACCACAAGGUCCUCCGAGCCCUGAGAUCCGAAACACGAGGUCCUCCGAGCCCCGAGAUCCAAACCACGAGGUCCUUUGAGCCCCAAGAUCCGAACCACAAGGUCCUCCGAGCCCUGAGAUCCGAAACACGAGGUCCUCCGAGCCCCGAGAUCCGAACCACGAGGUCCUCCGAGAUCCGAACCACAAGGUCCUCCGAGCCCCGAGAUCCGGACCACAAGGUCCUCCGAGCCCCGAGAUCCGAACCACAAGGUCCUCCGAGCCCUGAGAUCCGAACCACGAGGUCCUCCGAGCCCCGAGAUCCAAACCACGAGGUCCUCCGAGCCCCGAGAUCCAAACCACGAGGUCCUCCGAGCCCCGAGAUCUGAACCUGAAGGUCCACCAAGAUCUGAACCAGGGGUCCACCAAACCCAGAGAGAUGAACCAGAAAUGACCCUGUAUUGGGAGACCUGAACCACAGGUUACAUUGACCCCCGAGAUCGGAAACCAGAAGGUAGACUGAGAUGAAAGAUUCAAACCAGCCAAUGAAGACAACCAACCAGACUGGAGAGCUGACCCAGCUGGUAUACUGAGCCCAGAACCCUGACCCAGCUGGUAUACUGAGCCCAGAACCCUGACCCAGCUGGUAUACUGAGCCCAGAACCCUGACCCAGCUGGUAUACUGAGCCCAGAACCCUGACCCAGCUGGUAUACUGAGCCCAGAACCCUGACCCAGCUGGUAUACUGAGCCCAGAACCGUGACCCAGCUGGUAUACUGAGCCCAGAACCCUGACCCAGCUGGUAUACUGAGCCCAGAACCCUGACCCAGCUGGUAUACUGAGCCCAGAACCCUGACCCAGCUGGUAUACUGAGCCCAGAACCCUGACCCAGCUGGUAUACUGAGCCCAGAACCCUGACCCAGCUGGUAUACUGAGCCCAGAACCCUGACCCAGCUGGUAUACUGAGCCCAGAACCGUGACCCAGCUGGUAUACUGAGCCCAGAACCCUGACCCAGCUGGUAUACUGAGCCCAGAACCCUGACCCAGCUGGUAUACUGAGCCCAGAACCGUGACCCAGCUGGUAUACUGAGCCCAGAACCCUGACCCAGCUGGUAUACUGAGCCCAGAACCCUGACCCAGCUGGUAUACUGAGCCCAGAACCCUGACCCAGCUGGUAUACUGAGCCCAGAACCCUGACCCAGCUGGUAUACUGAGCCCAGAACCCUGACCCAGCUGGUAUACUGAGCCCAGAACCCUGACCCAGCUGGUAUAAGAGCUGAAUGAGGACAUUAUGUGGGUUGAGCCCGGAGGGUGGAAGCAGAAGGUGCACUCAGGUCAAAGGUCAGAUUGAACCCAGAAGUCCCGACAAGACAACCAGACAGGACCCUGGCUGUAGGAGCCUCGCUGUAGGACCCUCGCUGUAGGACCCUCGCUGUAGGAGCCUCGCUGUAGGACCCUCGCUGUAGGAUGGGUCCCCAGCUUUACCCCGUCCUCCUCGGCCUCCUCCGUCCCGCACUUCCAUUUAUCUUGGGCCUCUCGUUGGGCUGCAGCCUGAGCCUCCUCCGAAUCUCCUGGAUCCAGGGAGAUGAAGGGCCCUGCAUGGAUCGGCCCCAGAGUCACCUCGGGCUACAGGCUGGGCAAGCAAAGCCCCCCAUGGAUGACUUGAAGCUCCGGAUCGUUCCGUACAGCCACAGAACACAUCCCUCCCACAAGAAGGUGCUGAGGACCCGGUACAUCCAAUCAGAACUUGGCUUCAGAGAACGUCUUCUGGUCUCGGUCUUGUCUUCUCGCUCCACCCUGAACUCGCUCGCCGUGGCCGUGAAUCGCACGCUCUCCUCUCAUGUGAGCCGCUUGUUGUUCUUCACCGGAGCCCGAAGUCCUAAGCCCCUCCCAGGAAUGGAGGUCGUCUCCCACGGCGAUGAGCGCCCGGCGUGGUUGAUGUACCACACGUUGCGUUAUCUGGAGGCGCACUUCAUACCCACCUAUGAUUGGUUCUUCGUCUCUCAGGACGAUUCUUAUAUUAAUGGCUACCACCUGAAAGAGCUUGUGAAGCACCUCAGCCCCGGGCCCCCUCUGUACUUCGGGCGACCAAUGGAGUUCAUCGGAGGCGAGGAAACCUGGAGAUACUGUCAUGGGGCCUCUGGGUACCUCCUGUCCCGGGCCCUCCUCCUCAGGCUGGGGCCCCAUCUGGAUUUCUGUCGCUCUGAUAUACUCAGUUCCCGACCGGACGAAUGGCUGGGCCGAUGCCUUCAGGAUACUCUUGGAAUUGCAUGUGUGGCGGAGUAUCAGGGUCUGGUUUACGUCUCCUUUAACCUCCCAAGGAAUGCAGACCUGGAUAGUCUGGAAGAGUCGGCCCUGGCGGGGGCCGUGAGCGCUCACCCUGUGCGGGACGCCACGCUCAUGUAUAGAUUGCAGCGUAAAGUCAGUCAGAUGAGACUUCACAGAACCUACAGCCGGAUCCGGAGACUUCAGGGUGAAAUCCGGAACCUUUCCUCUCUGACCCCGGAUGGAGAAGCCAGUCUUCUGUGGCCAGUCGGCGUCAACCCGCCGUUCACCCCAAAAUCCCACUUUGACUUGCUGACUUGGGAAUACUUUACAGAGACGCACACCUUCUCCUGCCACGAUGGGGCCCCCAAGUGUCCCCUGCAGGGGGUCUGGUUGUUGGACAUACAGCAGGUGGUGGAAGAGGCUCUGGAGCAGCUCAAUCACCGCUAUCAUCCGUGGCUUCACUUCAGGAAGCGCCAUCUGCUGAACGGCUACAGACGCUUUGACCCCACCAGGGGGAUGGAGUACACCCUGGACCUGGUGCUGGAAGCCACCACUAAGAAGGGCCACGCCGGAGUAAUCGUCAAACGCCUUAGCCUGCUGCGCCCCCUGGGCCUGGUGGAAAUUCUUCCCAUGCCAUAUGUGACUGAGGCCACGCCGGUGCAGGUCGUGGUACCAUUGAUGCCGGCCGAUGCUGGCCACAUUUCAGCUUUUCUUGAUGCCUUUGCCACCAACCUUCUGGACCCGCAGGAGAACGUGGCCCUGACGGUGCUGCUGGUGUAUGACGUGACCUCCUCGGGGCAGGUUCAGGAUGUGUUUGAAGGGGUGCGGGGGAUGGUGUCUGAAUUGGAGAGCCGAUACUCCUUCCUCCGGCUAGAAGUGACCAGUGUCCGCACUGAGAUCCCCUCCCAGAUCCGUCUGAUGGAAAUCGUCUCCAAGAAGCAUCCCAUGGAGACCCUCUUCUUUCUUCUGAGCGUUUGGAGUGAAGUGACUGCCGAGGCGCUGAACCGCUGCCGGAUGAACGCCAUCAGUGCCUGGCAGGUCUUCUCUCCGGUUCACUAUCAGGAAUACAACCCCGAUAUGUCCCACCACGGCUUCUCCGCCCCGCCAUCUGCAGACUUCCUCCAUGACGGACACUUUGACCGGUUCUCCUCCUCUGAGUUCUGCUUCUAUAACUCCGACUUCAUGGCGGCCCGAAACAGAAUGGCCAUGGAGGUGGGAGCACCGGAGGAUGAGGAGGAAGAUGGUGGCACAGAGCUUCUGGAACUGUUCCUUAGACACUCCCAGCUACACGUCUUCAGGGCUCUGGAGCCAUCAUUGGUGCAGAGGUUCUCCCUGAGGAAGUGCAGCACCCUCCAAUCAGGAGAGAGUUAUCAUCGCUGUGUCAUCAGCAAUCUGGAGUCACUCGGAUCUCGUAUUCAGCUGGCUACAGCUCUCUUCAGCCAGGACCAGACCAACAGCACCUAAACUGGGUCAGUCCCACGUGACCAGACCAACAGAACCUAAACGGAGACCAGUCCCACGUGACCAGACCAACAGAACCUAAACUGGGUCAGUCCCACAUGACCAGACCAACAGCACCUAAACUGGGUCAGUGCCAUGUGACCAGACCACAGAACCUAAACUGAGACCAGUCCCACGUGACCAGACCAACAGAACCUAAACUGGGUCAGUCCCACAUGACCAGACCAACAGCACCUAAACUGGGUCAGUGCCAUGUGACCAGACCACAGAACCUAAACUGAGACCAGUUCCACGUGACCAGACCAACAGAACCUAAACUGGGUCAGUGCCAUGUGACCAGACCACAGAACCUAAACUGAGACCAGACCAACAGAACCUAAACUGGGACCAGUCCCACAUGACCAGACCAACAGCACCUAAACUGGGAUCAAUUCCAUGUAACCAGACCACAGAACCUAAACUGGGUCAGUGCCAUGUGACCAGACCACAGAACCUAAACUGAGACCAGUUCCACGUUACCAGACCACAGAACCUAAACUGAGACCAGUUCCACGUUACCAGACCACAGAACCUAAACUGAGACCAGUCCCACUUGACCAGACCAACAGAACCUAAACUGGGUCAGUGCCAUGUGAUCAGACCACAGAACCUAAACUGAGACCAGACCAACAGCACCUAAACUGGGUCAGUGCCAUGUGACCAGACCACAGAACCUAAACUGAGACCAGUCCCAUGUGACCAGACCAACAGAACCUAAACUGAGACCAGUCCCACAGAACCUAAACUGGGUCAGUGCCAUGUGACCAGACCACAGAACCUAAACUGAGACCAGUUCCACGUGACCAGACCAACAGCACCUAAACUGGGUCAGUGCCAUGUGACCAGACCAACAGAACCUAAAAUGAGACCAGUCCCACAUGACCAGACCAACAGAACCUAAACUGGGACCAGUUCCACGUGACCAGACCUAUAGCACCUAAACUAGGAUCAGUCCCACAUUACCAGACAAGCAGAACCUUAACCUGUCCUAUCAUGCUGGAGGCGUCUGUCUUACUGUGAUCAUCAAAAUGCAAAUAAAGUUAUUUAUAUUUUACUAUAA